UUUUUCUGCUCGCAUCUGGAUCCCAGUACGACCAGCGACCAGCCCAGUGUCCUGUCCUAUCCUGUCCUGUCCUACUACAGAAAAAGAAAACCACGGCCUCUCGAGUUUUUUUUUCUUUUUUUUGGGAAAGGAAGCAAAGGAAAAACAAAGACAGAAGAAACCUUAACUUUUCCCCCCCUGCUCGUCUCUCUACAGUGUCCUGCCGUGGUUUUUUAAAUGCUUUCGUCGAAACUGUAAAGAGCAGCAGUGUGACUCUGUGAUUGUUGCCUCAACUCCUGAGACAGAAAAGUUUUUACGCGUUUGAAAAGCGACUUUUUUUUCGUAUCGCGAUUUUUUUUUUCUUUCUCUCCCCCGUCGAUUGAGUCUGGAACUCGACAUUUCUCGCACAUAUAUGUAGCUUUUAUGCGGACGGGUUUUUUUGAGUAGUAUUUAAGGUGUUUUUCGGUGUUUUUUCUUUUUUUUUUUAAUUCCCUCCUCCUCCUGUGCUGUGAAUGAAGUAUCUGUUGAGCUGAAGAAAUCAGUCUCCAUGAGGAAACUCGGCGUGGGAGUCACUGAAACUUUGUCCUAGCUCACACACACACACACACACACACACACACACACCUGAGCAACUCUACGCUUCUUCUUUUUCCAAACUUUACUUCAUCAUAUUUUUAUUUUUUUUUAAAACGGACACAAAAUGAAGACGCUGUCGGUGCUGUGUGUAGUCUGCACACUGGUUGUGUUGUCGGGGGCUGCGGAGCAAAAGUUGAAAAACUGUAACGAAGUCCGUGAGGCUUACAGCUCCAAGGGAUUCAAUGUCAACGAUGUCCCCAACAAAGGAGUCAACGGAGCCCCGCUGAAAGUGUGUCCGCAGGGUGUCUCCUGCUGCACGGUGGAGAUGGAGGAGAAGCUGAGCCAGCAGAGCCACACCGAGAUCAAAGCUCCCGUCUCCAGGCUCAGCACCACCCUACAAUCCACCUUCAAACAGAAGCACGGCCACUUUGACAACUUCUUCCGGGAGCUCCUGAAAAACGCCCAGGACUCGCUGCACAACAUGUUCGUGCGCACGUACGGCGUGAUGUACGUGCAGAACGCCGAGCUGUUCAAGAACUUCUUCGAGGACCUCACCAAGUACUACAUCUCCGGCAGCGCCGCCGUCAACCUGGACGCCAUGCUGUCCGACUUCUGGGCCGACCUGCUGGAGAGGAUGUUCCGGCUGGUCAACGUGCAGUACGAGUUCAGCGACGCCUACAUGGAGUGCGUCAGCCGGCACACGGACCAGCUGAUGCCCUUCGGCGACGUGCCGCGCAAGCUGCGCAUUCAGCUGAUGCGGGCCUUCGUGGCGGCGCGCACCUUCGUGCGUGGCCUUGCGCUCAUGCCCGAAGUGGUCAAUAAAGUUUCUACGGUCAGCGCGUCUCCCAGCUGUGUGCGAGCGGCCAUGAAGAUGUUGUACUGUCCCUACUGCUCCGGCCAAGUGGCCCUGAAACCGUGCCAGAAUUACUGUCUGAAUGUGAUGCGUGGGUGUUUCGCUAACCAGGCCGACUUGGACACCGAAUGGAACAAUUUCCUCGACGCCAUGCUCAGCCUGGCCGAGAGGCUCGAAGGCCCCUUUAAUUUCGAGUCCGUCAUGGAUCCCAUUGACGUGAAGAUUUCGGAGGCCAUCAUGAUCAUGCAGGAUAACAGCAUGCAAGUGUCGCAGAAAGUUUUCCAAGGAUGUGGGAUGCCUAAACAACAGAGCACUUCCUUCCGUUCCACGCGUUCCGUGAAAGAAACCGGCUUCACCGGCCGCUUCCGACCUUACAGUCCCGAUGCAAGACCCACCACUGCCGCUGGGACUAGUUUAGAUCGAUUGACAACCGAGGUGAAGAAGAAGCUAAAAUCCGCAAAGAAGUUCUGGUCCACGUUGCCAGAGGCCGUGUGCGCCGGUGACAAGAUUGCACCUGGUGACGAGUGUUGGAACGGAACAGCAAAGAGCAGGUACGAGUCCGUCGUCAUCGGCAACGGGCUGGCCAAUCAGGUGUCCAACCCGGACGUGGACGUGGACAUAACGAAACCGGACGUCGUGAUCCGGAGUCAGAUCGCAGCUUUAAAGGAAAUGACGAGUUGGCUGAAAGCGGCGCACAGCGGCAAUGACAUCUCGGUCGAAAGCGGUGAGGAUGACGAUGCCGUCAGCUCAGGAGAGGGGAGCGGCAGCGGCUGCGACUCUCAAUCCUGCGACACGGACCAGGACAUCUACUUCUCCAUUCCACCAAAAACUGAGAAACCCCGAGUUAAUCCGGUGCAAAGCACGGCGGCCGGGUUCGCCUCACCGAGCAGCAUGGCGCUGGCGCUCUGCGGGCUGGCCCUGGCCCUGCUCGCCCCCCACUUGAGAUAAAACUGGCUGGGCAGAAAGAGGAAGAGAAUGACCAGGAAAAAAAACGGAAGCGAAGGGGAAAACUGUCAGAGAGACUUUAUAAAGACUGCCUUCAGGACCUUGGACUGUCCACCAUUUUUGGGGGGGGGGAGACUCUUCUUAAUAUAACAAUAACUUCACUAUUAACUAUUUGUUUUUAUGUUUUAAGGACAUUAGUGUACAGCGAUAUAAUUUUCUUCCCAAGAAAUCCACCUUUUUCCCCCAGUUAAACCUGCUUUUUCCGGCGGCUCUUUCGGAGCUGCCCUACGGUUCUGCUUGCAGCGUUACAAACAUCAUAUAAUUGUCGUAUGUUGGCAAUUUAUCCUCAUGAUUCAUUUUGUGCCUUCUUCAGCGAUUGCCAUCUGACGUCGAUGUGUUAAGGUUUCGCAGAAACGCCGAGCGCCUGCACUGGGACGUAUCUUCACGUUUCUAAGGAUGUUCGCUCUUUUCCAUUAUUCAGAGACCCAGCUGAGCAGUGGAGACGUCGUCACGAAUGUUAACGGUUUCGCAACAACUGUCUUGCACACCAACGAAUGUGCACACUGUGAAUAUUUGUGCAUUUUUCAUACGUUUAGAAACAAGCAGCCAGCCAGAAAUUCUCGUAGCUUGCUAUUGAUCUCAGCCAAGGAACGGGUUUGAGCUUUUGUUCAGUCGUCUUUGGAGCGGAGAACCAGGACACGGCUCAUCUUUUAGAAAUGCGACGAGGAGAGAAGUUACAGCGCAGGUGUUUGUGUUUGACCCGGAGAUGGAAUCGCGCUUUAGAAGAGCCUACAGGGGGCGCUCUCUGAGCCCCGAACAUGCAUAUUGUAUGUCUGCUAUGAGCAUUAUCUCGACCUAACUUUUCAUUUUCCUCAUCAAGGGUUUAAUUUAAUUUCUACAGCUAAAGCAGUUCAGUAGUAAGGUCAUACCUCAUGCAUAUUCUCAUUAUCAAUGCAAUCUAGUGAUGUUGAGUUGAAAGUGUCUGAUAGAGUUAGAUAUGUGGUUGGUAUCCCUGCUGUUACCCCUAAAGAAGGCAAAGCUGACAAGUCCUGAAUGCCCUUUUUUUUUUUUUUUGGUACUGUAAGCUCAGUUCAGCACAGAACAGAAGAUCUGACUCUACACAGUCUUACUUGUUUGAAAAAGAAGAAAAAAAAAGGCGUGUUCAGAGCGUUUCACAAAUAACUAGAGAGGAGGAACAAAAGACAGUGUUGUUGAUCAAAUGAAAUCAAGGUUAUUUUAAUACAGGGUUUUAUGUUGAGGAGGUGUUGUAAUUUUUUUAGCUGUUUUUUUUUGGUAUGAAGAUGAAUAUUAGGUACUACAGUGGAUUUUACCGCUAGUUUUCGGUGGUGGAAGAGGACAGUGUGCACAGAGAAUGGGGGCACUUUCAGUCAGUGUGCACAGUUUUACGGGCUCAUUUUUUUUUUUGUGUUUUUAUUUGUUUUGGUUUUUUUUGCCCACAUCCCCUCACCCCACAACACACACUUGUACCUCUUAGAUGGCCUGCGUCAGUAUAAAAGGAGUCAUCCUGAACCAGUUGAUCUACCUAUCCGCAUCAUUUCAACUCGAGGUGGAAAUCUGAAGUUCCGCCUCAAGUUCUCACCAAAAUUAACGCAGAAAUAUGGUGCCACGUUUUUUUUUUUUUAUCAUUUUAUUUUUUUUACUUUGGUUUGUUAUAAGCAUCUUCUUAAGGUAAACAAAGAAUGUAGAUGAUCUAUGAUCAGUCUGCUCAGCGUCCCAGACGGGUGCCUGACAAUAUUCUUACCAGCUGACAAGCACAAUGAAAGGGUUUUUUUUUUCUCUUUUAAUUUGAUAAUCGGGUCUGUAAAGUUGCAUUACCUGGCCAUUUCAUCUCUACAGUGAUGCUGCCUUGCAUAGCUUUUGUACAGUAACUUAUGCAUGGAUUUUAAAUGUCACUGCAAACAUGCAGAUUAUCCAGAAUACAGCAUCCGGGAUGUUUUUUAUAUGCACACUUGAGGUGAAAAAUAUGAAUUGCUCAAAGUAAUUUAUUAAAAUGAUCAGAUUUGGGGGCUUUAAAGAGUAAUUUUUGAAAAAUGUAAAAAGAAUUAAAACAAACAACAACAAAAAGUUGCGUGUUUUUACAUUUGUCUUACAAUUCGAUGUAGUCGAGACAAAUGGUUAACAGUAGACGCAAUCUUAUUUCUUCCGGUUUGGCUUUGAAAUUGACAGGUUGAUUGUAAGCUUACAUCUUCUUCAGGUUAUCAAGUUGCGUUCCCAGUGUUCCCACUUCAGUGAGGACACCACGUUAAGAAUCUGACCCUGGAGGAUUUGACGAAACAUCUAUGCAACCCGUUAUAAUACAGAAGCCUUAACUGAAAAUAACAAAGUUGCAUUUCAGCAGCUUUCAUUUGGCAUUACUCCUACAAGUGACCUGUUUUAAUUCCCCCUGUUUUUGUGUUCCACCGACAUUUCUACAAGGGCUUUUGCAUGUGUUCGUGUCAUGUCGAAAGAGUUGUGUAUCGAGUGUGAAGAAACCCAAAGUUUCUGAGCGUGGAAAUGUUUUUGGGUGAAGAUGGUGAAUGUCUGCGCUUGCAGGCCAGGGCAGCAAUGCAGUCCAGCUGGCGGGGGGGGGGGAGUUGUUCCCGCCGCUGGACGUUUGUUCAGAGCCAACUUCGAUCUCGUGACUUUAAAGUUGAGUUGGACGGGUGUCCGUCUGCCUCUGGCCCACAAGAACGGAAAAGGACUCACUUUCUGUGGCGAGAGUGAGCGAGUGACUGAAUAGAGAGAGGAAGAAAAAAAAAAGUGUAAAUACAGAGCAGCCGUUUUUAGAUGUCUCUAAAAGAGGCCUUAACAGUACACCAGAUUUUUACUUGUCAGAGUAUCUCCUAAAUGUUAUGGAAAAAACAAGAUGAGAUAGAUGUUAAAUUGUAAGAGAAAAUGUAUAUUAAACCACAUUUCUUAGUCUUGUUGAAAUAAAGACUGCCAAUAUUUAA